UGAUAAUCUGCCCUGGGCUUUGAUUGGGUCAAAAAAAUUGUUCUCUUGCUCUUCAGAUGAUUGGGAAAGUCAAAAUAAUGAUUAAAAUGAGUUUGUUAUUUAAUUUAUGACGGCUAAAUUGAGAAGUUGGCUGGAUUCUAUUUUUUAAAAUCAAUUUUUGGAACUUGAAGUGUGAAAGCAAAAGAUAAUAUAGCCUAAAUUCAGGAGGACUAGUAUUCUUAAAAGAAGUGAUCAUGUUUAAAAGGUUUGUAAAUUGCAAAUAGAAAUGAUUGUUAUGGACACGUUCUAAUCAUGUCAUUCUUACGUGAGAAUAUGCAUACAUAUUUUUAUUCAUGUCAAUGAUAUAUAAAAGUAAAUUAUUCUUCAACCUUAGCUUAGGUUUCCAGGUGAAUCAGUGACUUGUUUUUGGUAUAAGGAUAAAAAAUUCUUACGCCAUUUUCAAAUUUAAAAAACAAAUGUAAGUUUGACUUUGUAAAAAGUGUACCAUUUUAGAAUUCAAGAAUUAAAUAAAACCAUAAUAAAAAAGAGGAACAUUAUUUUUCUAAUUUUAUAUAUCAAUCAAUCCUAAUUUAUUUGUUUGGAGCAGAAUUUAACUCAAUUCACAUUGUGUCAAACUAAAAAAUAAACAAGAAUUUAACUCAAUUGUAACAACAAGUUUGACGGUGUAAUUGGGAAAACUUGAAGAGAAGAGGAGAAAUCAAGGAUGUGAUAUUGUGAAAGGGACGGGAGAGUAAGAGUAAAAGGGGGGAAGUUAGUGGCGUGACUGAACCGUUUGCCACCACCUCUCAAAGAGACGCUUUUGAAAUUUCAACGCAGAUCUUUUUUUGUUUUGAUUUUGGAAAAAGGAUGGCCAUGGAGCAUCAAAUCAAAAAUGGAGGUAGUUUUCAAUUUUCAUGGUGGCCCAUCUUCUUGGAUUUUUGAAUUAUCAUUAUCUAACACACAUGGAAACAUGGAGUUUCUUUAAUUUCUAGCUUUGAGUUAUUCAAACGUUGAACUCUUUCGUUGACUGUUGAAGCAAAGCUGGAUGAGAGAGAUGUUGAAGAUUGAGGAACACUCUCUUCUUCUUCCUUAUAUCUUUUUAUUCUGUCUUUUGACCUUCCCCUUCUUCCCCCAAUUUUUUUCCCAUCUCAUUCUUCCUCCCUGUCCUUGUUAUCAUCAUGGGAAUCUGCUGCGCUAAACCUGCUAAGCUUGCUCAUGCUUCUUCCAGCAUUAUUUCUGGAACGGAUAACAAAAAUAGUAAGUCCAACGUGGAAUCGAUCAAUUGUAAUUCGAAAACUGUAAAUUUUACCUCGAGUGCGCCUGUCAUCAAACCGAAAUUCGAUGUGUCCGGUGCCUCUGCUCUCAAAUCUUUUAGCUUCAUUGAUCUCAAGAAUGCUACCAAGAACUUCCGUAGUGAAAGUUUACUUGGUGAGGGAGGAUUUGGAUGCGUGUUUAAAGGAUGGAUCGAUGAGCACUCUUAUCUUCCUACUAAACCUGGAACUGGAAUUGUAGUGGCUGUCAAGAAACUCAAGCGAGAGAGCCUUCAAGGCUACAAAGAAUGGCUUGCAGAAGUAAAUUAUCUGGGCCAGCUUCGCCAUGAAAAUCUCGUCAGGCUCAUUGGUUAUUGCUCUGAAUCUGAUAACAGACUUCUAGUUUAUGAGUAUAUGCCAAAGGGAAGUCUGGAAAAUCACUUGUUUAGAAAAGGUGUUACCCCAAUUUCUUGGCGUGUUCGAAUGGAUAUCGCAGUUGACGUGGCACGGGGAUUGGCAUUCUUACACAGUUCCGAACCUAAUGUGAUAUAUCGUGAUUUGAAGGCUUCCAACAUUCUGCUUGACUCAGAAUUCAAUGCGAAACUAUCAGAUUUUGGCUUAGCAAGAGAAGGGCCUACGGGAGAUAAGACUCAUGUUUCUACCCGGGUGAUGGGAACUCGAGGCUAUGCCGCCCCUGAAUAUGUAGCAACAGGUCACUUAACUCCGAAGAGCGAUGUAUACAGCUUUGGUGUUGUUUUACUAGAACUUCUCUCAGGCAAGCGUGCACUAGACCACGAGAAAGUUGGGAGAGUUGAAGAGACCCUUGUAGAUUGGGGCAAACCACUCCUAAGCGAUGGUAAGCGAAUGUUGAGGAUUAUGGAUACAAGGAUGGGCGGUCAAUAUUCGAGAAAAGAAGCUCAAGCUGCAGCUUCGCUUGCACUGAAUUGUCUCCAUACAGAUCCAAAAAACAGGCCAUCUAUGGCCGAAGUUCUUGACGAAUUGGAACGACUACACACUGCAAAGGAUAUUCUGGGGACCCCAAAUGCUCAUGCCAUCAGACGAACUCCACCUUCUAGAUUUCAAUCAUAAUUUGUUUCGAAUUGUUUCACCUGCCAACAAACGCACGUCUUACCUACUACACAAGAUGUUCGAUGUACAAGUUUUGUGGAUAUUUCAAGUAGAAUAUACACCCUAGAAAAUGUAAUCAACACUUACAUUUAUAUAUAGACCUUUCAAGUCUCCA